UAACGAAGGAUUUGUUCGCGAGUAGAAUAGGAGAACAAGUACCAACAUACAUACGCGUAGACAUUAUACGUUACUACGUUGUUGGAAUUUCACCAUAAAUGUAUUUACAUAUCCCAAGAGAUCGUGCGACUUUUCUGUAACUUGAUUUACGACGAGAGGCGUCGGAAUAUUCUAUCGAUGCAACUCGUUAAAGGAUACUCAGAGGAAUAUGUUAUCAUCGUCUCGGCUAUUUCGAUAAAGUAAUUCUUCCCUCGAAUUCUCUUGCAAUUUAGUCGAAAGACGAUGAGCCAAUGUUUAUUUCUUCAAUCGUUCAACGAUACUUUACAUACAUGCAUGCAUGCAUGCAUGCCUAUAGGCAAGGUAUAUAUAUUUAUAUACUUACAUAUUUUACUUGCAUACGAUACCGAGCAAAGCACGUUCGAGCUUUAUCGUGGUCCUUCGUUUGAGAGUAAAACAUUAAGAAAAAGGAGGUGAUAUUUUGUAUUCGUGUCAGCUUAUUUGGAACGUCCCGGAUAACGUAACGUGAGCGAGCUCGUGCCUUCUUGCACGCACUGUCCAAUUUCUUGCGUGAACAUGACGAAUGUGAAAGUAACCUUGAAUUGCGGAUCAUCUGCCCGGAUCGAUAAAUAUUUCAGUGAAAGAUACUUUCGGACUCUUUCGAUUCGAUGACAUCAAUCGAAGGGCCCAACGAAAACGACAACGACAACAGUCAAUCUUACUUUCUUUUUCGAUUGCGAUCGAUUCGAUUUAAUUGUCGUCUUUGAUUUCGUGAUUAACGGCAUCCCGAUUGAUCGGAACCUUUUAAUUAUUUCUCUUUCGUGGAGAACUUUCUUGCCGAAGUCGCGCCGAAGAUGUAGAACGAAGAUAAUCAAUCGCGAGAUUACGCGUUCUCGAUCUUUUCUAUUCGUGUUGCGUGUUAUACAGGUAUUACACAUAUAAUUGAUCUAAUCCUUUCUCUCUUUCUCUCUCUCUUGUAAAGAGGACGUAUAAAUUGAUUAUUGCAAAAUAGUACGAGUAAUAUGUGUUAUCUCGUGUUAGCAAUAAAUAUUUCCCGCCUUCUGCAAAAGUAUCUUGCAAAAUAUACACGUGAGAUAGAUAAAGAUAGCGAGAUAGAUAAAAAUAGAGAGAAAUAAAGAAAGAAAGAGAGAACACAUACGAUAGUCUCUCGAGUUCUCUUUUUCUCCCUAGUUCGCUAUUACACCAUUGGCUUAGGUGCUUGGCUAUAAUAUGGAUGAAAAGGUGAGAAGAGGAAGGGGAUUCGACGAGGUGAGAAUACGAUAAUCUCCCUCGUCGUUUACUCGUAGUGUCACGACGCAUAUGGAUGUACAGUGAACCAUUACGACACCCACGAUGCUGCCAAGACAAAAGAAGAGGAGGAGGAGGAGGAGGAGGAAUCUAAGGGAAGGAGAAGGAUGAGGUGAAGGAGACGAAGACCGGUAGGAACUUGCGAGACUCUUUGGAAUCCAGCUGGGGAUUCAUCGAUCAGAAAAUCGUAGCUAACGUUUUACCUGUCGACGAGUCACGACGCGAACGCCUGAUAUUUCAUUCUUCUUUCUGAAAGUUCGAGCUCGCGCUAAGAAACAAACAAAAAUCAUUUCUUUUCGCACGGUUCUAACGAAAAGGAAGUAUUCACGGCUGAGAACAUUUUGUCCCUUAUUUUCAACGAUGAAUUUGUUGAGAAAUUAAAGCGUCGAAUAAAUAACCGAUACUACUUUGAUUGUGGAAAAUAAAGGCAAGCAUCUAACGAGCGUGGUUUUUCAUCGCAUGACAAAUCUUUAAUAUAAGUACGUGCUGGAUCAAGAAUAAAGAAAAUAGUGUCUUAACGAUCUCUGUCAGAGAUGAAUUAUCGAGGCAGAAGCGCAAACACGUCCAGAGGAAGUUUAAGAAAAAUGUUGCGAUGUCGGUGAUGACAGAAGAGAGAAGGACCGUGCAUUACCAAAACGACGGUAGGUCGUUCUAAAAGAGCAUGCCGCGGUGGUUACUCGCCCUGGACGAACCAGCAUCCAACCCAUGCGGUAGCAUUGUUAUCGACCACGAACCAUCGGGGUACGAUCUCUCGACUUUCACGAAAUUCUCUUUUAUAGAGGAUUCAACUUGUGGAGGACGUAACGGCGACCUUGUAAAUUACGCGGCACCGUUCGAAAGCUUACGUAAUUUUGCGAAGCAAAAUUCACUGCUAAAUGUUCCAAGGACGUUAAACUGUUGGACCGUAUCAGGGGAUGCUCGAACGCGAGAAAGUCCGUACCGGUGCCGCAAUCGCAACGGCCUUGACAGUUUCAACUGGGAACCGGAUCAUUCCAGACGGCGUCGUUUCAUCCCUACAAUUACCGAACGAUCGGUACGCCUGUAACCCCGAUAGCAUUUAUUCCCUACCUAGAAACGAUCUUCACGAAGUCGAAUGGGUAGAACCCGAUUCGGUGGACGCUGAAGUAUCGAGAUUAGUAGCUGGAUCCACGACAACGACGACAACGACGACGACCACGCGAAAUAAUCCAAGACGAUGUUGCAGAACUUCGACGAGUUCGGGCUACUCGAGCCAUUCGCCUCCUUUAUCGGCAGGUUCCUAUUCCUGUUACGCGUCAGCUGGACCUGGCCACAGUAUUUUUCGGUCAACAGUUCCGCAGACCAUGAAAGAUCAGUUCGGAGGAGGUCUCGCAGUGAUACACGAAGGCGAAGCAAUUCCACGUCCCAUUUGGCCGUCCGUUUUUACAAAUGUUCCACAAGAAUUUUGUAUCCGCGAUGACGGCAAAACCGAAUACGAUAGAAUGUACACGUGUUGCGGAUGCGGUUGCACGUAUACUUACUCGUGCUACGAUUGGAAUUACGGUCGAGCUACGUCUACGUCGGCACGCGAGAUUCUUCUAGAAUUAUCUAGGACAUUGAACUCCGUAAUAGAAGGUGAGACGACGAUGACACCCGAAGAGAUUUUGCAAAAUAUCUCGAAAACCGUGGCUCAGGGUAUAAGCUUGAAGAAGAAUAGUAUUUACGAAUACGUAUGUUACAAUCCAGCAUGGUUGUUGAAUGGGGGAAAGAACACGUCGUCUAUUUUGAGCAGUCAAAAUUCGUCUCAAUCCACGGGAAAGGAUUCGUCGUCUUUGCAAAGUCGUGCGAAAAAUUCGUCAAGCACCUCGUCUACGAGAGUAAAUCCAGUUAAUUCUAAAGUUUACGGUAGCACCCGUAAAUUUCACAAUUCGGCUUGGUCAACGUCCAGGUGUACCUGCGAACCAUUUAAUAAAAUUAUCGAAUCACCGAGACGUGAAAAUAAUAGACAAGGAUUGGAUAAGAAGAUUCCUUCUUCCACUACGGAGAUUCAUUGUCAAAAACCAUUGGGUUUGUGUACCUGUAAAUGCUUUAAAGAAUCUAUUCAGCAAUCUAGAAGGAAGUUAAGUACUUGCACCAGUGUUCAUAUCGGAGAUAGCGGUAAACAGGGCAACGUCGUUGGACUGGCUGGUUUGAAACAAAAUCGAAAUGGUCUUGUUUCCGGUGAACCAGAAUACACGAUGCAGCUGGAGUCCAGUGACGGUGGUUCCUCGAACGAAGGGAUAGUCGUGCCGUCGACGAAAGGUACCUGGAAUCAUCGCGAUACAAGAGGAUUCGUCGGGGAUUUGGAUUUCACGUUGGACGUCACGCGUGCCGAACGUUUGGGUCGAGCUAUAGCGAAAGCGAAAAGGAAUCGGCAAUGGUGCAGAAUUCUGACCACAUUAUUCGGACUAGUCUUUUUUGUUUUAAGUGUUGUCGUUGUCUCGUUGUCGGUUACGAGGGGCCGAAAAGUUUUCGGAAGUAUGUGAACAAAAUACUUCUUUUUCUUUUUAUUUUUAUUUUUAUUUUUUCUUCUCCCGUUAUUGUGGAGGAACGAAAACGUCUUGCGACUGAUACUCUUUGCUAAGUACGUAUGUAUUUUUUUCAGUACCUUAUACCA